AUGCCGUUCAAGUUGACCAAUGCCCAUGCUGUAUUCAUGGAGUUGAUGAUUAGAGUGUUCCAACCUUUCUUGGAUGAUUUCAUAGUGGUAUUUAUUAAUGACAUUUUGUGUAUCCUUCCUUGGCACAUUAUUUCUAAAGAUGUGAUCACGGUCGACCCCUCUAAGAUUGAAGCCGUACUUAAGUGGGAGAGACCAACAAAUGUGACGGAAGUUCGUAUUUUUCUCGGGUUAGCCGUAUACUACCGGCGCUUUGUAGAGGGAUUCUCAAAGAUAGCACUCCACCUUUCUCGGCUAACCCAGAAGAAUGUGAGGUUUGUGUGGUCAAAGGAUUGUGAGAGAAGCUUUCAGGAGCUUAGAAAGAGACUAACCACAACCCCGAUAUUGACCUUACUCGAGGGAAAUGAGGACCUUGUGGUUUACACUGAUGCAUUCCAUAAGGAGCUUGGACGAUACUCGUGUAGAGAUGUAAGAUCAUUGCUUAUGCCUCCAGGCAACUGA